GUGACUGAGACAACCACUUCAUACAAAUCCCACUCACUAUGCCCCCUAUGCCAAGUUGAAAGCGUCAAAAAGCAGUACACCUGGAAAGGUAUUCUUUGUGCUACGUUCUGCUUCCCAUGUGGUAUUUAUUGGUGUGUUAGGAAGAAGAUCGACCUAUACUGUACGCUUUGUGGGUGCCAGGUUAGCAAUAAACGUUCAUUAACGAAAAAUGCGAUCAAAUACGCGACUUAUAAAAACUUCUAUCUCAUACAAAGACAACAGAAGAAAUUCUUUUUAACUGCACACUGCUGUUUGUUAAACCGGAAUUUUUACAGACUUACUUGA